CAAUGACAAACACUCCCUCCGGUUCUUCUCUUCCGUCGUCUUCUACUUCUCUUCAAUCUUCACACGCAAACACAUCACUGCUUCACCAAUCACAGAUGGGUUUUCUCUUAAUUACUGCUCUUUAAAAUUUCCUCCUUAUACCCAUUUUUUCAUUUCAUAACCAUCUCUCUCUCUCUCUCUUUCUCUCUCUCUAAUAUGUGAGCUCCAUUUACUCACAGACGUUUUGAGCAGAGCAGAGCAGAGGGAUAUGGAGUAACUAUACUCCAAGGAAAGGUUUUGAAACGUAAAAGUGAAUGUGAAAUCCAAGGGUUGGUUACUGAAUCUGAGAUCUUAGAGGGCUAACAGGCCGAGAAGAGAGGAGCAAUGAGGAUUUUGGGGGAGGCUUCUUGGUGUUUUUGUAGUGGAGGAGGCAAGUCCGAGAGAAUGAAAGGGAGCAUUUUCUGCAAUAAAGGUGCGGCCAUGUCGAGGGUCGGUGGUGGGACUGGGUUUCUCAUCCAUAGGAACCUGUUUUUAACGACCCACGUUAACCUUCCUUCGGUGUCGGCAGCUGAUGGGUUGGAGAUCCGGUUGCAGGACCGUAUUGCUGCAAAACUCUUCCCUCACAGGUUCUUCAUUACCAGCUCUGUUCUUGAUCUUACUAUUGUGGGUUUGGAUGCCAUUGAUGGAGACUCAAAUACCCCAGGGCAUCAUCAGCCUCAGUGCUUGAAGACCUGCUUGAAUCCAAGUCUUGAUUUGGGCAGUGUAGUUCAUCUUCUAGGCUACACAGACAAAAGGGAAUUGACGGUGGGUGAAGGAAAGGUGGUGAUAGCUACUGAUAAUCUCAUAAAAGUAUCAACAGAUGGAAUAACUUGGAGCCCUGGGUCUGCUGGUUUUGAUGCCCAAGGUAAUCUUGCCUUCAUGGUUUGUGAUCCUAUGAAGCUUGCCACAUCUCCAACUGCCAAGUCUGCAUCAACCUCAUCAUCUUCAUCAUCAUCAUGGAAGAAGGACAGUCCUUUGCAAUUUGGCAUCCCCAUACCCAUCAUCUGUGAUUGGUUAAACCAGAACUGGGAGGGCAGCUUGGAUGAACUCAACAAGCCGAAGCUACCACUCAUUCGGUUGAUGUCCACAGGGCAGAAGAGUGAACAUUCCAGUGCUUCCUUCACAAUGCGACAGGUUUUCAAAUCAACAGUAGGUGAAAACAAUGACACCCCGACAUCAACACACAUCGUAUCAGGACUACAUAAUCAGCAAGGACCAAGCUGUUCUGCUGCUGCAAAUAUAUUCCAGGAGGACAUCCCAGUUACUGAUCUGUGUUCCACUAUUCAUGAGGAGGGUAUUUUAACUCCUGAGAUUUAUGAAUCUCCAAGAUUGACCUCAAUACCUAUUCGAAAGAAGGAAAACACCCAAAUCCAGCUUCUGGAUAUUAAUUUCCCACCAAGUGCCCCCAAAGCUAUAGUCCUGCCACAGGUCAUUAAAAAGUUGCCACCAAGGUCUGAUGGAAAUGGUGUUGCAGAACUUGCAUCACCAACUACAUUGAAAGAAAACAACCUAAUUGAAGAAAGAGGACCACCCAGCCCUAGUGGGGAUGCUGGAAUAUCAACUUGUUCUGUUAAUGGGGACUACAGUGAGGUCCAGUCCAGUUCAUCUCCAAUAGAGGUCUCAGAGUGGCAGAAUCAGGGGAAUGGAUUCCACGCUGACUAUAGCAGUGAGGCUGAAACCAUGUAUUCAGCCGAAACAGCAGAGAGCCGGAACUACCCGAGCCCCAAGGUGGAAAAGUUUCAACAAGUGGGGAGGAGCCACAGCUGUGUAAGUUACAACAGAUGGAAUACCACUCAAAGAAAUCCUGUAGCAUGCAGGGCAUCACUGGAUAAUCAGCGAAGCCUCAUCCAGGGAAGGAAAAUGCAUUCACAGGGAGCAACAUCUCAGAGGAGCCAUGACUUCUUCAGCCCCACUGUUUCCUCAAUCAUGAAGAAGCGUAACAAUUCAGAGCAGCUGAACAAACCCCGGCAGAGUGCUGUUUACUCUUCUCCAAGAUGGAUGUUUUGAUCAAACCUCAUAGGAUAUAACAACAGGGAGGAAUUGUGGAAAUCAUCAAGAAUCCUCUACUAUAAAUUCGUGCCAACCAAUCUGUUAUCACUUGAUAUUGUCUGAUUUUUUUAUUUAUGUGCAGAACACUAGGUGAAUAAGCAAUUUUUGUUAAAGAGAAAGAGGUAUUUAUCUCAUUACCUUUGUAUCAUCUUGCUUGAAAUAGUCUGCUUGUUGACAUUACCAUAUGAGUUGUAGUAUCUUACAGGC